AUGAGUAAUAAAGGAUAUCAACUCUUGAAUAGAGUAACAAAUAGAUACUCAAGAUCAUUUAUAAAUUGUAGUAAUAAUAUUAAGAAUAAACAAGAAUUACGAUAUUCAUCAACUGUUUUCAAUAAUAACAAUAAUGUAAAAUUAAAUAAAGUUUAUAAACAAAAUAGAAGUAAUCAACAACAACAACCAUUAUAUCAAUAUUUCAGUACAUCUACUUCGACAGGUGUUCGAUCAUCAACAUCAACUUUGACAUCGGUGAAAACAAGAACACACACAUGUGGUGAAUUGAGUAAAAACGAUGUAGGUAAAACUGUGAUCUUAAAUGGUUGGGUUUCCUCACUCAGAAAGCUCGGUGAAUUCAUUUUCAUUGUGAUUAGAGAUGGUCAUGGAACUACACAGAUCUACUGUCCACUUGAAAACAAAUCGUUACAACUCUGUUCAGAAGUACCGAACGUCGAUUUCAACAGUGUUGAUCACCUGAAAUCACUGCGGUUGGAAUCGGUUGUACGUGUAGUCGGUGUAGUUCGUGAACGUCCACCGAAAAUGGCUAAUCCAGCAAUGUCCACCGGUGACAUUGAAGUGGACGUUAGCCAGUUGGUACUCCUCAAUCAAUGUCGUGACUUACCGUUCACCAUUGAACACGAUGCCGAGCGUGUCACCGAAGAAGUACGUUUGAAGCAUAGAUAUGUAGAUUUGCGUCGUCCUUCAGUUCAAUCGAAUAUCAGACUGCGUUCCAAGGUUUCGAUGGCUGCGCGACACUAUUUGACCGGUCAGCAGUUUGUCGAGGUGGAGACACCGACACUGUUCAGACCGACCCCAGAAGGAGCACGUGAAUAUCUCGUGCCAACACGUCACAAAGGUCAAUUCUACAGUUUACCGCAGUCGCCACAGCAGUACAAGCAACUUCUCAUGGUGGGUGGACUCGACCGUUACUUCCAGCUGGCGCGUUGCUACCGUGACGAAGAUCUGCGUGCCGAUCGUCAACCGGAAUUCACACAGAUCGAUAUGGAACUCUCGUUUGUCGAUUGCAAACAAGUCUACAAUAUCAUUGAAGGACUGAUUGUCGCAAUGUGGAAAGAAGCUGGCUACGAUAUCAAGACGCCAUUCCCUCACUACACAUACAGACAGGUGUUGGAUCGCUACGGAAUCGAUAAACCCGACACUCGCUACGGAUUGGAAUUAAAUGAUAUCACAAACAUCUUUAGCGAUACCAAAGUAGAGAUAUUCCGGAAACUAUUGGAUCAACCGCCAAGCAGUUCAUUCACAGAGGCAGAACACAUCAUCAAAUGUAUCAAACUUCCAAAAGUACAACCAACAAUGUCAUCAAAAGAUAUCGAUACAAUUUUAAAUGAAUCAAAGACAUUAAUUCCAAAUUCACCAGGAUUGGUAUCAAUUAGAGUUGGUAGUAAAGAAUGGAAAUCAAUGAUUAUGAAAUCACUGAGUCAAGUGGAAAAGGAUAAACUAAGUGAGAGACUAGCGUUGGAGGAAGGCGAUGUUGUGCUCGUUGCAGCAGGUCCAAGAUUUAUUGUGGAAUCGUUGCUUGGCAAAGUGAGAAUCUUCAGUGCCAACCUGAUGAAAGAACGUGGCUUGCUCGAGUUGAAUCCAAAGCAAUUCAACUUCCUCUGGGUGGACGACUUCCCUCUGUUCACACCGGCCGACUACCUCUCCGACGCUUCGCCACUCCAGUCGACACACCACCCUUUCACCGCGCCACACCCCGACGACAUGUUGGCGCUGCUCAACGGUGAGAAACCCUCUGAUUUCGAACACAUUCGUGGUCUGCACUACGAUAUCGUGCUGAACGGAGUUGAGCUGGGUGGUGGAUCGAUUCGUAUCCACAACCAAGAGACACAGCUGCGAGUGCUAGAGCGAGUACUCAAACUCGAGCCACACAUGGUGCAGCGAUUCAAUCAUCUCCUAACGGCGCUAUCAAUGGGAUGUCCACCACACGGUGGUAUCGCCCUCGGUUUCGACCGUCUCAUGUCACUGAUGGUCGGAUCACCUUCGAUUCGUGACGUCAUUGCAUUCCCCAAGACAUCGGGUGGUCGUGAGCUAAUGACAAAUUCACCCGCAUCCGUUACAACCCAAGAAUUAAUUGAAUUAAAUUUAAAACAAAUUGAAUAA